AUGUCGCCAACUCUUCUCAACAAUCGCCCGUGUGCAUCAUCCCUCACAAGCUUCCCUCGAUUCGGCCAGCUCCCCGUCGAGGUGCGGCUGAGCGUUUGGAGACACAUCAUUCCGGCCCAACGCAUAAUCUCGAUAGUGAUCGAGGCGACGCGCCCCGACAAGACGGGCCCGGGCACCACGUCGCCCUCGGCCGAGACCUACAGCGUACGCAACGAGCUUGGCAACCUGGUGAGCGGCGCGCCGUACCGCAUCCGAGUCGACCCAGACUCUCGAGACCUCGUCAGCCCCCUUCUCGGCGUGAACUGCGAAACCCGCGAGUUGGUCCUGCGCCACUACCACGUUCAUAUCCCCACCAAUGGCCCUUUCUCUCCCCGUCUCGCCAUCAGGCCCGAGACUGAUCUGGUUCACUUUGCUCUGGCGUGUUGGGACCGCGGGAGAGACAUCUUGGGUGAUGAGAGUGUAGGAAUCGAGGUCGACUUACUUCCAGAUUUUCUUUCCGACGCCAGGGCGUACGAUGGGAAGGGGAACGGCAUCUUGCAUAUUGCCUUUGGCAAGGAUAUAGGCUUCUAUUCCAUCUCGCUCCCCAUGGAUCCCGCUCGACUUUCCACCCAAGCCGCCGAGGCCAUGCGCAAAUCCCUGCUGAGCUUCGUCUCAGUGACCGUCGUCGCCCUUUCGAGAGGCGACACGCGCAUAAUGUUCACCUCGCUGGACAUGUUCGAGGCGCGAUACAACCGCGCCCUGCCGCUGUGGGCCUCGACCGCCAACCUGCAACAGCCCCUGGCGCCCGACCCCCGCGGCGGCUUCACAGACGAGGGAGAAGACCCGCUGGCCUAUCACCUAGAAAAGGUGCCGGUCGGGCACGAUCCCGUGGGCAUGUUCGCCCACUGGCAGGCCAUGGAGAGGGCCUUUGGCGUGGCGCACGUCGUCACCUCGGCGAAGCAGGUGGCCGUGGCGUCGCGCCCUGUCGACUCCAUCGCGGCGAGCCGCGGCGUCGACGUCCGUCUGCGCUCCCGGCUCGCCGUGGAACAGUACGUGGCCGCUGAGGAGGAGGAGUGGUACCGGCGGUUCGCGCCCGACUGGAGCAGCAGGGUCACGUCCGAGGGCAUCCACACCCAGUUUGGCGCCGAGAACCCGGACCUGACGGCACCCGAGGCGAGGCUCUCCAUCCCGCAGGCCGCGGGGUUCUGGGUCGUGCCGGCGGCCACGCUGGGCUCGCCUCCCGAGGGUGGCGUUUCCCACGUCCCGAUGGGGAGCAACUAUGCGCGGGACCUGAGGUGUGAAGAGCCGCGGCUGGCGUUGUUUGACUUGAACAGUCGGCGUCGGUCUAGGUUUCUUUGA